UGCUGGCGGCCGGUUUGGUGUUGCUCUAUGGUUCGGGGCGGCGGGGCUCCAGGAAGUGGCGGUGCCCGGGCGUCCCAUUCAAAGGGCUUCCCCGCGCGGGUGCCGCCGCGCGCCGGGCAGCAAGGUUUUGAGUCUGGGCUGUUGGGAGCUUCUUUUGAAGAUGUACAUGUUGGUUGAAAACCGCACAAGUUUCCUUCUCCAUCUGAAGAGGUCACCUGGCAUCAGAGCUUGGUCUCUCUUUGUUGGAAUAGCCUCCAUAGGUUUGGCUGCUGCUUAUUAUAGUGCAGACAGCUUGGCAUGGAAACUCUUCUAUAUGACUGGGUGUCUUUUUGUGGCGGCACAGAAUCUGGAGCAGUGGGAGGAAGCUAUAUUUGAUAAGAACAAGGGAACCAUCUGCCUAAAAACAUUCAAUCUUUACAAAAAAAUACUGACCCUCUCAAGAGGAGGCAACGAACAAGUAGUGGCUCUGCUGCAUGAGAUACGAGAUGUGAACGUGGAAGAGGAGACUGUGCGUUAUUUUGGGAAGGGUUACCUGGUUGUGCUACGAUUUGUCACUGGAUUUUCACAUCCACUGACUCAGAGUGCAGUGCUGGGCUGUAGAAGCGAUGUGGAAGCAGUUGCCAAACUCAUCACCAGUUUUCUGGAACUGGACAGAGUAGAGAGCCAACAUGAUCUCUCUCAGAGCAGUGAAACGGAGGCUAGUGAUGCUGAUGAACCAGAGGAUAAAUACUGAUAGUCAUCACCAGCUGAAGAAACCAGAGGUCUUCAAACAUAUGGAAACAUAUGGAAAAUAGACUGUUCUUCAGGAGAAAAAUUCCUUGUCAUCUUGAGCUGAGCAUUGCUCUACAUGUGCAUUUACAGUGGGAGGAAUCUGUCUUGAGGCACCUCUUAGUGUUAAGCUGCUUCAAAUUUCCACCCACCACUUCCAUUCCAAAUACAGCCUUUGUAGGAGUCCAAAGCAAAUCCGGUUUUAUUCAUUCCUUUGACUUAGUACCUGGAUGUGGACAGUGCUGACCUUUGAACUUUGUCAGCUCAUCUAGGAGUAACUUUUUAGUAAUGAAUUGGUUUCAAGUCAUUUAUUGCUUUCCCAUCAAUGAGGUAGAGAUAUGUAAGUAAACUUCCAGUUAUCAUAAACAUCUGCUGCAGGUACAGUAUAUGAAAUGUAGAAGAGCUGAAUUUGUAACUUAUAAUACAAUGCUCUUGAUUCUUUUUUUUUUCUUUGCAAUAAUAUAAAUGACUGAAUAUAUUGCUAACUUGGUUUUAAGCAUUUUAAUAUAUACAAUAAGGUGAUACAGGAUAAUGGCACUUUUGUUAUAUUCUUUACUACUGACUUGCCAUUAGAGACCAUUGGAAAUCAAAAUUUGAAAGUGACUGUCUGGAACUUUAAAUAUCAGGUUGGUCAAUUUGUUAUGUGGUCUUAUUUCUCCUGGACUUGCCAAGGAGCCAUAAAUAAUAAAUGAAAAAUGAACAUAUGGAUCAUUCAGCAGCUUUGACGUGUUCUAUUUUAAUCCUGUUCUGCUUAACUUCUGAGCAUAGGCUACCCCUAAAUGGAAUAGCCUAAUUCUGGACUUUGACUUUUACCAUUUUAACUGUCUAUUUAGAAAGAUGGGUGGAGAAAAAUCAAAUCUGUUGUUUUAGGUAGGGAAAAUACUCAUCUCCAACAACAUGGCAGCCUAGAUUUUAGUAUUCCCUGCUUUAGAUGACACUGAAGUGCUAAAUAAAAACUUAACAAAAAUUAAGAUAGCUGGGAUAGUUCCAGUGUCAGCCUUGUGCCCAGGUAUUACUCCAGAUGUGUGCCCUAUGGUUUUACAAAUGGUUAAAAAAUAUGAAUUUUUCCAAGAUAAAUAUUUUUAAAGAAGUAAAGCUACCUCUGUUAGUCAACAUGUUUUGUCUAAAACUAAAACUUCAUCAUGCCUAUAUCAACAUGUUAUUACUAUGAGGGAAAAGUUGUAAAGAGCUGAAAGAUCCUUCAACAUGCUAAAACUGCUUUCAUUAAAGUUCACCUAGUGUUGUUAAUGAAUUGUAUGGUGUUAAGACCUGAAUUAGAAAAUACUUAUACAGCUUGAUCUAGGAGAUCUGAAUGAGGUCCGAGGUAACUAGGCCAUCUGCCUUCAGACUUGCUCAGCAGUAAACGUCUUCUGGCAGCUGUCUCUUCUGGGCUUACAGGAACCUGUAUCCCUGUUUCAAAGCCCUCUACCUCUAAAGAAGUGAAAUCUGUGAAAUGAUUUCAGUAGAAGCUAGAUCCUGUAAAAUGUUGUACACUCCAGCCUUAACUGAAACUAAGCACAUGCUUACCUGACCAAAGAACGGGUUGCACUGAGAUUUCACUUCCAGCCAUCUAGAACCUAGUGUGUGAACAGCUGUGAGACAAGGGGAGACAUGUUCCUGCUGUUGGUUUGAAAUGAUGAAUGGUAGCACGAAGAUAACUGUUCAUGCAGCUUGACUGCAGCACAGAAGCAGGUCUAUUAUUAGUAGAUAAGAGAUUUGUAACUGUGGCAGGCAUCACAGCAGGUGUCUGCUGAUAGAUGUGCUUGUGAAGUCCUCUGAACUGGUUGGCUAAUUACUUGGCUUUUGGUCUCUGCCCUGCAUCAGUUAGAAUGGGGAAACUACCAUGUACUAAUAUGGGAAAAAUUAGGUUGCAGGUAAUUAACUAAAUUUGAUCUUGCUUUUAAAGCACAGCUGUAAAAUGAGAAUAAUCAUAAAAUCUGUGUUUUUUUUUUUAAAAAGAUUGCACUGGAUUCAGCAUUGUGGAGAGAUCUUUAAAUCUGCUCUAAUACACAUCCUAGAUAAAACUGUUUCUGGAGAGAGAAUGAGAUUGGGAAUUUGGAGAACUGUUUUUCACCCCUCUGGAGUGUUCUAAGGUAUUCUGGUACUGUAAAAAUUAAGGUGUUUAAUGGUAUAAUGUGAAUACAAAGGAUCAACCUGCAGAUGCUUCCUUCUUUGUAGCAAGGAUACUUGGAGGAAGGACAUAAUAUGGCUAUGCAUGGUACUUAGAAAUUCUGAGCCUGCAGAUUUGACCAUAAAUCAACUAAGCACAGAUAAAACUACCUGCAUUCAAUCUUCGCUGUACUGGGCUUCUGCAUUUCCAUGAAAGCUAACACCACAUGGAAGAUGCGAACCAUGUUGUGGUUUUUCCAUUAAGAAAGAUCAGUUUAAUAAAGGCAUUUCUAUUGAUCUAACCCUACAUUGCAUCUUCCUCCUCUGUUUCUGCUGAGCUUUUUCUGUGCAUCAAACUUGCUGUACAUUCUUAUCUGUUAGUAAUGUACAUACUUCUGAUGUAUCAUGAAAUGUGAUCAUAAAAAGACUGAAACAGAAAUGUAAAUAAGAUUCAGAAUCACAAGAAAGCGGAAUGACCUAUGGUAAGACAUAACAUAUUCCACAAAAUGUAUUUCAGACUAAGUUAGUUGAGGUCCAAGGACAGAAUCAGCUCCUCAAAGACGUUAUAUAGUGCCUCCCACCUCCUCGAGGCAUAGCAAAUUUCCUACUGAUAAUGGGUAGUCAGUGAUGCCUGCUGGAAUGCACUGUGUGUAUAGGAAAAUAUUUUAAAGUCUCAGCCUUGCAGUUAGAACAGCUGUUCUAAUCCUCUUGUACAGUUUCCAUUUUGCAUUUGGUGGCUCUUUGUUGCCACAAAAAUUAGAAUUAUUUCAAAUGAGAACCUGAGUUCUGUAGAAUGAGCUAAUAUGAAGGGGACUGAGUAAAUUCCUGAAGUGCUCUGGAUUCUGCCUGCAGGCCAUAUGCUGGACACUGGCUUGAUAUGUACAACUGGGUCCUCAAUAUACAGUGAUACUGACCUACAGUGUAGGUAAAUAACUUCAUAUAACUUGGUACUUGGAUGCCAUACAUGCAUGUGUAUCACAAUUUGAUGUUACUUCUCCUGAUCCAGGUUUUGAGCUUCCUGCCUUCAAAAACUGUUUUUGUCUUUUGUAAUUGGAAGAGGUAUCCAGAUUUUUGUGUUUUACAGUAACUGUAUGCAUGGAAAAUUAACUUGCAGAUUGCAGUUAACACUUGGCUCUAGCAAUGUUUGCAGACUCAUCAGUGAUCUGAUGAAGGAACUGUGUUUAGGAUAGCAGAUAGGUUCUGUUCUUGCCUCUUUCCAUUAAUCCUCUCUCAGCUCCUCUUUUCUUGUUUCUCUUCACUGUUUUGCUGAAGAUGUUUUUGAGCAGUGUUAUUUUUCCCCACUUCUGUUGGGCCUAGCAUAUUUAAAAAGCCCAGUAAAUGUAGCCUUUUAGGCACCUGAUGUAAAGUGGCUUGUACUAAGAGGAAUGAUGAAUGAAAGACUAGCUCUGGCUACAAAAUUAGGUACUUUUCUAAAAGUAUUACUGGAGACUUACUUGCUUAGCUUUUUACAUCUCAGGCUGUCUAGUAACCUGAGUCUGGACAGCUGUAGUUUAUAUAAGACUUAUUUAUAAAUAUGACUUGAAAACCUUUAUAACUGACCUUAAAUUAGAUCUAUUCCCACUUACCCAUACGUUUUCCAUUAUGUCCUUUACAACUGUAUCAUGAGUAUCAUUUGGCAGAUGCUUCAAUUCUUAAACUUCUAGGCACAUUUGAAAUUACUUACAUAUAUGCAGUCAGAUGUGAUCAUGGUUUUAGUUCUCAUACUGAAAAAGGCUAGACUGAAUAUUGUACAAAGGGAGAAAGUUACAUAGCCUAAGCCAUAAUCCAAGGUUCUGCUGUUUCCCAAAAUGAGGUGUUUCAGUAACUAGUAUCAAUCGUGUAAAUCUCAAGGUAAAUCAAAGUAUUUAUACUGUAUAGCUGAGAUCUGACUUCUGUGCUGUAUUUAUGAAGUUACAUAGAUGUCAAAAACCAAGCUGGCUUACAUAUGAAAUGACGAGUGCUAGUUCUGAUGCUGUAGUAGAUUGCUCAGAGGCAAAAAUACUUCUGGAAAAUGUUUGCUUAGAGAUUACUUUUCUACUUUAAUGUUGCAAGUAGAAUUUUAGCAAGGCCUUGUAUAUUUUAAAAAAAUGACCAUUAAUAAAAUCAACUUUGAUAGCUU